AACCAGUCGCCUGCGCCGCCGCGCGCGACGCCUGCACGUGCGCGCGCAACUUUCCCGAUUUCUAAACUUAAAACAAUAGCGUCGUGUUCUUUAUGAAUGACAGUUUUUGUGACAUGUUGCUAAUCGUGUAAUGAGUGUUUCAUGUGAGCUUGGAUUGCGGAUUCGUGAAAAACUGUUUACCUUUUUAUGGUUAGGAACAAAUGUCACAAUGGACAGGUCGGUGCGAUGAGACCGGCGCUGGCGCUGGUGCUGCUGGCGAUGGCGACGGCGGCCGCUGCGCAGCAGCCUCCUGCCGACGCGCCCCUCAACGACACACGCUGUGGCACAGAGUGUGUGAGGUGCGCAGCGGACGGCUGCAUCAAAUGCGCCCGGCUGCUGGUCUGGCCGGGCGGCACCUGUACGCACGCCUGCCCCGCCGGCUCGCGAGAGGCCUGGGCACACGAUGACCACCUCAUGGGCCGCGUCUGCUACCCCUCCAACUCUUAUAAUGAGGUAUUGGUUGGCGGCGCAUGCGGUGUAGUAGUUUGCGUGCUGCUAGUCGUCGCCGGCGCGACGUACGCGCGGUGCCGGAGCGGCGCAAGAGCGCGCUCGCAACCGCUCCCACAACCCGGGCUGGACGAUGACACCCGGCUUCGGGAGUUUCACAAACAGCUGGACUGCUUGCGACCCCACGCCUACACGUUGCUGGCAAUAUUGAACCACACACGGCACCAGGUCCGGGAACUGUACCAGUUGGGCAACAAUGAUGCUGCAAUGGCUUACAGUUGCGUUAUGAGCGACCUGGCGAAGCUGCUCAUUUUGUUGAACAAGCAGCAAGUGCCCGUUGUGCCGGAGGAAUGGCCGCGGCUCGCCAGCUGGGCUGAAAGAAUACUAAAACGCUACAGCCGCAACCCCCUACCGCCGCAGUCGCAAGAACACCAACUAGUGAAUUUCCUCUCGCCCCCACCGAGCCAAAGCUCCGGCUCCGAAAUCACCCAGCAGUCCUUCUCCACAUUUAAGCCCCCUUCAUACUCUCCAACUUCAUACGACAGCACCUUGGAUAAAGAUUUAGAAAUCCAAUGGGCGGACGUCCGGCCACCUAGCUACUCGCAGAUAGAAAAAGAAAAGGAGACAAUAGUCCUCUCCGAUCCGUGGGAGAGGAGACCGAUUGUUAGAAGAGAGAGUGUGUGGCUUGAAGACGAGCUAUUUGAGAUGACGAGGAGGCCACAGGACGAACUGACCACAGAACUAUAACAAAGAGUAGUAUAGGAAUAUGUAGCAUUUUUUCCAGCAUUCCAAUAUAUUUAAUAAACAUACGUGACGAUUUUAUACAGUGUGUAACAAAAAUAACUGACGGUGUACACUUUUAGGUCUCUUUUUUCAACUGAAUUCCAAAACGGAAAAGAUUUUUACGUUACCUUCUACUCUAAAAAGUACAGAGCUAAAAUUGUUUAUCUACCUACGACAUUUAUUUUAAGCCUUUAUAAGGCACCUAAUUUUGAACUCUAUUUUACAAAGAUAGGGCUCAAUUUUGCGUAAUUCCUGAUAUGCUUAUGCCUUAUAAAGGGUCAAAAGUAGAUUUAACAGAGUUUAUUCUAGAAGUUUUCUAAAUUUUAUGUCGGAUUCGUUAUUAUAAGUUUUAUGUAGACGAGUAGUUGUAUUUUUUAUUAUUUUGAUUUAAAUAUAUUGGUAAUAAUGUGUUUCUAUCUUAAUAACUCUAGUCAAUACGUAACGUAUACUUACGUAGCAUUCUGUACUUGUACACAAAAAAAAAGAUCACUGCACUAAAUACCUAUCUUAAUUAUCUACCUAUGCCAGAUUGUCAGUUGUUACCGUUGCACGUUAAAUGUUAAAAUUGAUAAGAAAUAACUGUUAGAAAAAGUAUUUCGUGAUCCAAUAUUGGAACGAACCACAAAUUGAACCUACGAAUCAAUGGGAAUAGUUACACGUUUAAUUGGUUAUGAACUAGCCAAGCCUAACAUUGUUCGAGUUUCGAUUACAAGUAUCUGCCUGCCUGAAAUAUCUUGAGAUUCUUGAGCACGUUCGCCCAGCCACUGCAGAACCUAAGAUGAAACUACGAUAUAGACAGAAGCUACGAAAUAGCUUGUAACAAGAUUCUCUUCAAUAUGUUUGUUCUUGUGAUAGCAUUCCACUACACUUUUCAAUUUCAAGUGUGCUAGUGAAAUAGCACGGCUACCGAGAAAGUUUGAAAUCCAAGAUAGACGGUAUCUUGCUAAUUGCAAAAUAUAUUCGACUAGCUUUUGCCCGCGGCUUCGCUAGCGUUAGAAAGAGACAAAAAGUAGCCUAUGUCACUCACCAUCCCUUCAACUAUCUCCACUUAAAAAAACACGACAAUUCGUCGCUCCGUUUUGCCGUGAAGGACGGACAAACAAACAGACACACACACUUUCCCAUUUAUAAUAUUAGUAUGGAUAAACAGAGAUCUGGAUAGCUAAUCUUAUGUUUCGGUAUUCUUGGUAGCCUCCAGAAAAAAAUAAUUUACGCAAAACCGUUUGCUAAGCUUGAAUCAAGUCUUUGAAGUACAAAAUAUCAUCCAACUUUAUACGACAUUAACCCUUGAACUGGCAUUUUUGAAUGAAUGGUUUUGUAUAAUAAUUUCCUUGGAGUUCAGAGGGCCUACUGCGAAACACGUUCGACAUGUUAUUCGUAAUUGCCUCUCUGACGCUCAAAGUACAGCCUUAGAUGCGGGCAAUGUGCCAAAAAUUUGUAUACACGAGUUUUUAGCUUAUACUUUAAGGUGUGGAUACAUAUUUCUGGUAAUUUGUCCGCAUCUAUAUUUAAUAACUUAAAUGUAGGUACGUGUAAGCGGCAACCCACACUCAGGCGACGCACGUCGUAAGGACGCGGAACGGACGUCAACGCCGCGCCGCCAGAGUGUAAUAAAAAAAAUAAAAAACGUCUCCUCAGUACAUUUUGUACGGAAGGACCCCCAAGCGACGAUGUGCGUCGCCUGAGUGUGGAUAGUCGCUAAGGGUGACAGAGAGGAAACACGUUGAACGUACCUGGCGGUUGGCCCUCAGCUCAGUAGGUACUUAUAGACAUCAAAAACCUAAUUAUUCUAUUAGUUGUAAUUUUCAAAGGUAAUAUGUAGGUACCUUCUGUGUCCCAUAGCCAGUUUAAGGGUUAAUUGAAUUUAGAAAAAAAUGUGUAUAGUAAUCAUAUUGUAGUAACUAAGUUAAUAUUAUUUUUGUAAGUAAUUUAGUGCUUAUUAACGCAUAGUUUAUUACUUUAAUACAUUAUACCGUGUCGUACCUGUAAUUUAUCGAAAUAAAUUAAAGAAUAAAGUUGACGGAUAAU